AUGAACACUGUAGUAACAAAAAGCUCGUACGCACACACCAGCGCUACUGACUGGAACUCACCCGGCGGUUACGUGAAUCCGUACUCCUAUCAUCCUUCGGAGAAUCUGCGUGGUCCAGAUCACCAAAACCCCGCUCAGUCUCAAUCCACAGGAGGCGUCAGUACUGACUAUUCAACCACAAGCAUUGACUACAUCGUCAGCAAACUUCCUUCGCCUGGUACCAAGCCUACCCUAGGUUGGACUGAUUAUCGGCCAAACGCAGACGAGGCUGGUCCUGCCAGCAUCGGUGACUCUGGAUCGGAUAAUGAGACCGCUGAAGCAGAUAAGAAAAGUGCUACCUCCAAGGUUCCCUCAAAGCGAGCCCGCACAGCCUAUACUCAACCUCAACUACUUGAGUUGGAAAAGGAAUUCUGGUACAACAAGUAUCUAUGCCGACCACGGAGAAUUGAGUUGGCGACGUCUUUAAAUCUAACAGAAAAGCAAGUGAAGGUAAAUCCAAUAACUUGA